AUGCCAAAGAAACGCAAUAGGAGCCGCAAAAGCUCCAAGGAAACUGCGAGCGAGCCGCUGGCGGACGAUUUCCUCCAGGAUUCCGUAGAUGGGUUCAUAAGGGACGAAUUGUUCGACAAAAAUGCGAGUUUUAACAAAGACUUUGCUCUAAUGGAGCGCUGUUUGGAGAAUUUGGCGGAUAAAUUGAGAAAUACGCCAGUCGACGAAGAAAGCGAAGACACGGGAGUAAAUUCGGUAACUUUGGAACACGGUCCGGCCUACAAGUACGGCUACUUGAGCAAAAGUGGGCCAAUUGUCGACAUUUUGGUCCUCUGGAAGGACAAACGGCCUAGCGACCCGGACGCCCUCAUUCACAGGGUCAUUUCCGCCUGGAUUAACGACCAGGGAAUGGGCAAAGAUGAUGAAAAGGAUCAUGGAGUUGGCAAGGACGGCGAGAAUUCCCAUGGACCUGGCACGGGAGCCCAGAGAAGAAGCACAAGGGGAGUCGAGUUUGAGCUUUGCAGGGGCGGAGCUACGUGCGUAAAGGCCAAGAGGGGAGAUGAUGUGCUCUUUACUCUCGCAUUCUGGUCCCACUCAUCGGAAAUGGCAAACAGGAGGCACGUGAAUAAGGCUCUGGACGCCGCCUUUGGGAAGUACCACGAGCUCAGCCGAGGGGUUCUUUUGCUCAAAAAAUGGGCUGAAGCAAAGUUCCUCACACGGCAUUCAGUAGUAGAUAAAGAUUCCUAUGCAGACUCUGGAAUAAACGACUUUACACUUGCAAUCUUGGCCUCCCAUGUCUGUCUAUCCAGGAACCUUUCGCAUGACAUUACUGCGUUUCAGGUCUUUAAGGCUGUUUUAAAUUUCCUGUCCAAGUUGGAUCCAACUUUAAUGCACACUUUUGGCUCGCCAAAUGUCUCAAGGAUGGAUGAAGACCCUGGCGAGUAUGGGAUCAAGUACCCUUUCAUGGUACAUGGAAAAUCUAACAACAUUUUAAAGGACAUGAUGGUUACGUUUCCACAGAUCCAGUUCCAUGUCCGUGAGACUCUAAAGGAUGCGGGCAAGUCCGCAUUCAACCUAUUGUUUACCAAAAGCCUAAAGUCGGAGCUCUAUGAUACCGUCCUUUAUAUUCAGCUAGAAAGUCAAGAUUUUGAACGCGUCAAGAAUAUCCAUUUUGUGCUAAGUUACGGCAUGAGGGAUAGGAUAAACCAGUUGCACCUCUACCCCGUUACAGGGGGAGAUGGACAUGGACUAAUGAUUGGCAUCGCAUACAACGAGGGAAUCCACAGACAAACUGAUGUUGGUCCUCCCACAGACAGCCAAGAGGCUGCCUUUUAUCGCAAAUUUUGGCCAAGAGCAGAAACGAGACGCUUUGAUGAUGGAAGUAUAAAUGAAUGCGUCUUGUGGACCGACCCAGUGAAUUUCAAAACAAAGAGUACAUGCGUAGAACGUGCUCUGGUAAAGGAUGGACCAAAUUCACUCAAUAGCUACAUUGUGGAUAAAUUGUUGGAGAUUCACGGGUAUUCCGGAUCAGUUGUACAUUCCGAAUUCGCCAUAACGACUCACUUGCUAACAGCGUGGAGAAAUGAACUCAUGACCGCAUACAAUAAGCUUAACGGGAGUUUGAGAUCACUGGAGUCCAUGCCGCUGAAAAUCCUCAAUGUAACAAUGGCAGAUGAGUAUUUUUCAUACUCCGAUGUUGGUCCUAUGGCAUAUUCCGUAAAUACAUUCCACAACGUCAACAUAAGCUUCGAAUCUUCAACAGCGUGGCCGGCUGAAAAGGAGGCUAUUCAAAGGGUCAAAAUCGCAUUUUCCAUCGCAAUUUCAAAUGAACUGGAGAAAUCCCACGGGUUAUCUUCCAAAGUCACAGACAAGGCGCAAAUAGAGGUUCGCGUAGGCCGGUUCUUCUUUGUCUUGAAUAUCGUUUACGGAAAGAUUCCAAGUUACAAUCCGCACGUGGACAAAAAACCCACCAAGGAACAACUAGCUGAGAUGGGUAUAUGGUACAAGGGUGUUCACACGAACAGAAUUAGAAACGUAGCGCUCAUGCAUCCUGCAUACUCGGGUACUGUCAAAUUAGCAAAACUUUGGGCAUCAAAAUGCCUUGUAGAGAAUCCAGACUUUUUGUGCGAAAUGAUUUGUGCAUGUGUAUUCUCGAGGAAAUGUUAUGCACCUCAGAGUGCCUCUACCGCCUUUUCUCAGUUUUUGAACAUUGUGGUUACACACGACUGGGAUACAAAACCACUGGUAUAUAUUCCAGCUGAUUCACCCAAUACAGAGGCUAGCAAGAUUAACAAGAAGCAGUACCCGGGAGCGCCAUUCAUGUGGAUAUAUACUCCGGAAGACCCCUUUUCCAUCAUUCCAGACUUACCAUGUAAACUCUUGUGCAAACGCUUCAUUUCAAAAUCCAGACAACUCCUACAAAGCAUAGAGGGACGUUAUGGUCUCUUUAAUACAUCAAGAGUUGUUGAACGUAUUUACAAACGCCAGGAUCUCCACUUUGACAUGAUUCUAGCCAUACACAACCCAUACCUUGCUCUCGAGGGAAAAAAGGUUGGCAUUGAUAAAAAGUUGGAACCAAAGGGGCUUUUAGAAGCACAGUUUCUCAUGAAAGAAUGCAUAAAGCUGUUAAAUGACAAGGUAUCCUCCAUUUGUACAAUAGCAUAUGACAAGCUGGCAAUUUCUGGUAUAACAAGACCUUGCAAUUUAGAGCCAGGGAAACCUAAAAACCAUUUGCUCUUGUACCUAAAGUUCAACCCAUUUGGAUUUCUUCCAAGCAAGUCUAUACACCCAAAGAACUACCCACAAUUGGCUAUAUCCCUCAAAUCUCACAAGGACGCGUUAGGCAUAAACAACAACCGGCUACUCUCACCUGAAAAGGCAAAGAUUCACAGCCAACAAAUCUCUAGUGAACAUGUGGCAAUACCAAACUUUGCGCUGGUCCUACAACAAAUUAUUGCAACAACAAGCAGAGUUUUAUCACACAUUGUAAUGUGCUAG